AUGACUAACGAAAUACCUCCAUGUUUGGCGACAUUACCAAUUGAACUUGUUUAUCGAAUUCUCGAUCAACUUGAUGAAUUAAUAAUUCUGACUUCAGUUCGCAAUGUUUGUAAACGAUUCAAUGUAAUCACAGAUUCAUACUAUCGAUAUCAGACGUUUACUAAAGUGGAUCUAUCGAGUAAGAGAUUGGACGAACGAACUUUACGAAAUCUUUCCGAUGCAUUGCAAACAAAUUUGACGAUUGAAAGUCUUACUUUUCAUUACAAUCAUAUAAAUGACGGCAAUGUGCAUUACAUCGCUAAUAUUCUGAGAAAUAACCUCACAUUAACAGUAUUAAAUCUCUAUUGCGGUCAAAUAAGCUGCGUCGGAGCCCAAUGUCUAACUAAUGCUUUAAAAGACAAUCACACAUUGAAAAUCAUCGAUCUUUUUGACAAUCAGAUCAAUAAUGAAGGUGCGAGAUGUUUCGCUGAUCUAUUACAAAACAAUGAAACUCUUCUAGCACUGAAUCUUCCAUUGAACAACAUUGAUGACGAAGGAGUUGAAUAUUUGGCGAACAUGUUAGAAACUAAUAAGACAUUAACAAAACUUGAUCUUCAUCAGAAUAAGAUCGGUUUUCGUGGAUCGCAAGCCUUGAGUAGAGCAUUACAAUGCAAUACGACACUUGUUGAAUUGAACCUCAACGUGUGUAAGAUUGGAGAUCUAGCAGUUCAACAACUCAGUAUGAUAUUGCCGAAGAACAAGACACUUAUUACAUUGAAUCUGCAAGCGAAUGAUAUUCAUGACGAAGGAAUGCAAGAUUUGGCUAACGCAUUGAAGAUCAAUACCACCUUGCAGACGUUGGGCCUUCAAAUGAAUCGAAUUGGUUCUCUGGGAAUUCAGCAUCUAGCAGAUGCAUUAGAAAGUAAUACAACAAUUACCAUAGUUGAUUUACAAGGCAAUCAAAUUGAUAAUGAAGCUGCGAGCUAUUUAGCUAAAGUCUUAGAAAAGAACCGAACCGUCACGACACUGAAUUUACGAGCAAAUUUAAUCGGCAAUGAUGGACUGAAAUACCUCGCGAAGGCAUUAGCAUCGAAUACGACAUUGACGCACAUGAUUCUUUCCAUAAAUCAAAUCGAAGACGAAAGCGUCAAACAUCUGGCAUAUGCUUUGCUAACUAAUAGCACACUUACGGUAUUAAAUCUUCAGAAGAACAAAAUCGGAUGUAAAGGACUUUUGUAUUUAUCGAAUGCACUACAAACGAAUACAUCUCUCAAAUGCUUAAAUCUCCGAGAUAAUUAUCUACGCGACAAAGGAAUCAAAUUUUUAGCGAACGCUUUACAAACGAACAGGACACUCGAAUCAUUAGAUCUCGAUAUGAACGAAAUUAGUGACCAAAGUGCGCAAUAUUUACUUGAUGCUCUUCAAAAUAAUAUGAUACUAACAAGGCUGAGUAUCGAGUGCAGUAACAUUAGUGCAUCAAUGUCAAUGAGUUUAACAAAAAUAUUAGAGAGAAACGUAUCGAAUCGCACAAAGUAA